CCGUCAAAGUAUCUCUCAACCUCGUUUAUGCCGCCUCCCCUGGUUUCUCAAAACUAAAACCAUCACAAACCCUUCUUCUUCUUCUUCUUCUUCUUCAUCUCUUCAAUCUCUUCAAUGGCUGGCAUCAAUAUUCGUCCAACUGGAAUCACCUCAAUCAAAUCCGACAUGGCCACCCGCCUUUCUGAUCGUUUCUCAUGGGUUAAGCACGUCGGCGAUUUAGUCCCUCAAUCCAGAAACAAAACUAGAUGCAUGCCCAAAGAAUCACUCUCCAUUCGAUCCAUCAAAAUCGCUGAACAACCCAGAUCUUUUCUUCUUUCUUCUCAGAAUGGACCUCUCUCUGUUACUGACGCGAUCAAUUCACCCUAUGAGCUUUUGUCUUCUGAUGGUUUGGGAAAGAAGAAUAUUAUUGCGAGUACUAGGAGAAAGACUAAGAUUGUUUGUACAAUAGGUCCUUCAACUAGUUCUAAAGAGAUGAUAUGGAAAUUAGCUGAAACUGGAAUGAAUGUAGCUAGAUUGAAUAUGUCACAUGGUGAUCAUGCUUCUCAUCAGAAAACAAUUGAUUUGGUUAAAGAGUAUAAUGAUCAGUUUCAAGACAAGGUUGUGGCUAUAAUGCUUGAUACCAAGGGUCCUGAAGUUAGAAGUGGAGAUGUACCACAACCUAUCAUUCUUAAAGAAGGACAGGAGUUUAAUUUUACGAUUAAGAGAGGAAUCUGCACAGAAGACACUGUUAGUGUGAACUAUGAUGAUUUCAUAAAUGAUGUUGAAGGUGGCGACAUUAUUCUGGUUGAUGGUGGAAUGAUGUCGUUAGCUGUAAUAUCAAAGACAAAGGAUGUUGUCAAAUGUGAAGUGGUAGAUGGUGGAGAACUAAAAUCAAGACGCCAUUUGAAUGUGCGUGGGAAAAGUGCUACUCUGCCUUCAAUAACAGACAAGGAUUGGGAAGAUAUUAAGUUUGGGGUAGACAACAAAGUUGAUUAUUACGCUGUCUCUUUUGUAAAGGACGCGCAGGUGGUCCACGAACUCAAGGAUUAUCUCAAAAGUUGCAAUGCUGAUAUUCAUGUUAUUGUGAAAAUUGAAAGUGCAGACUCUAUACCAAAUCUUCACUCUAUAAUUACUGCAUCUGACGGGGCAAUGGUGGCACGUGGAGAUCUUGGAGCCGAGCUUCCAAUUGAGGAAGUCCCUCUAUUGCAGGAGGACAUCAUCAGGAGAUGUCGCAACAUGCAGAAACCAGUUAUUGUUGCGACUAAUAUGCUUGAGAGCAUGAUCGAUCAUCCAACCCCAACUAGGGCUGAAGUUUCCGACAUUGCAAUUGCAGUGCGAGAAGGUGCUGAUGCAGUUAUGCUCUCUGGAGAAACAGCUCAUGGAAAGUAUCCAUUGAAAGCUGUCAAUAUAAUGCAUACAGUUGCAUUAAGGACUGAAAUCAGUCUUCCUAUUGGCAUCAAUCCUUCAGCCCGAUCUACUCAUUACAAGGGUCAGAUGGGUGAAAUGUUUGCUUAUCAUGCCACGACAAUGUCAAACACCCUUUCAACCCCAAUCAUUGUCUUCACGAAAACAGGGUCCAUGGCUGUUAUGUUGAGUCAUUAUAGACCUUCAUCCACAAUCUUUGCUUUUACAAAUGAUGAAAGGAUUAAACAGAGGCUGGUUCUUUAUCAAGGUGUGAUGCCGAUAUCCAUGCAGUUUUCUGAUGAUGCAGAAGAGACCUUUAAUAAGGCUAUAAAUAUGCUACUUAGCAAGGACUUGUUGAAGGAAGGACAACAUGUCACUCUUGUCCAAAGUGGAAAUCAACCAAUCUGGCGUCGUGAAUCUUGUCAUCAUAUCCAAGUACGCAAAGUUCAAACCAAUUGAUCAUCCAUCAUUGGCGUUACUUCAAAACUAUGCAUUUUUAUUUUGUUGCAACUUUAAAUUAUAGACGCCAAUGAACUUCUUUUCUGUAACCUUGUUUACCGACAAGUAUUGGUCUCUUUAAAAUUUUGGAAUUCGGAAUUUCUUCACUUUUUAUGUACCCGAGUUUGUAGAAUUCUCAAAAACUUAGUUGUUGUGAAUUACUGAAAUGUAAUUGGGUUUAUUCAU